AUGGGCCCAAAGAAAGGACCCAAAGCUACUGUACCUGUACAAAUUGUCCCGGAGAAAAGGGGCUAUGAAUUCGGGGGACCACUAGGCGCUGCAGGAAUUGUUUUCGGCCUGCCUGUCCUCAUCUACUGCUUUGCCUUCUUCUGCAACGACAUCUCCGGCUGUCCAGCGCCGUCUCUCCUUCACCCCUCGACGUUGACCUGGGAUAAAUUGAAGUAUGAAAUUGGUUGGCCUGAGAAUGGUAUUGCCAGUCUUUACGAUACAGAGGUGACGCUGUGGAUUUUGUCUUAUUAUGCCCUUCUCCUCUUUUUGCAGAUUUUCCUGCCCGGACAGGAAGUGGAGGGUGUUGAAUUGGCGUGCGGUGGACGACACAAGUACAAAUUCAACACGUUCCGCUCCACCAUCUUGAUUCUAGGAGGUCUUGCGGCUGGAACGUAUGUUUACGGAGCCGAGUUCGCUGUCUGGACUUUCCUUUGGGAUAAGUACGUGCAGGUGAUUACGGCAAAUCUCCUCAUCACGAUUGUGAUCUCAAUUUAUGUAUACGCGCGAAGCUUCUCCAUCCCGGAGCCUGGACAACCAAACCCCGACCUUCGUGAACUGGCUCCAGGUGGCCAUACCGGCAAUGUCAUCUAUGACUUCUUCAUUGGACGGGAACUCAACUCUCGCGUGAUUUUGCCUAUCCCUUUCGUCAGUGAAACAGCCCGGACAAUUGAUAUCGGUGUCUUUUGCGAGAUGAGACCCGGUCUGAUUGGCUACAUCAUUCUCAAUCUGUCGAAUGUUGUACACCAGUACCGUACCCAUGGCUACGUCACUGAUUCGAUUCUCUUGAUUACUAUUGCGCAAGCUUUCUAUAUUCUGGAUAGUUCGUACAUGGAACCUGCCAUUAUUACCACCAUGGACAUCAUCAUGGAUGGCUUCGGUUACAUGCUCUGCUUCGGUGACCUAGUAUGGGUUCCAUUUCUGUACUCGACCCAGACAAGAUAUCUCGCAAUGUUCCCGGUGAAGAUGGGUCUUGAGGGCAUUGCACUCUCCGUCGCUGUCGUUGGCCUCGGAUACUAUAUCUUCCGUAGCGCAAACAACGAGAAGAACCGCUUCCGAACAGACCCUAACGACCCACGCGUCAAACACCUCAAAUACAUGGAAACAAAGACUGGAUCUAAAUUACUCAUUUCCGGAUGGUGGGGAACUGCGCGUCAUAUCAACUACCUCGGUGACUGGCUUAUGUCCUGGGGUUAUUGCCUACCUACCGGGUUCGCGGGUUACACCAUCAUCGAGGCCAUUAACUCGACUACGGGAGAAUUGGAGAAGCACGCUGUACAGACACCUGAAUCUCGAGGUUGGGGUACAAUCUUUACUUAUUUCUAUAUUUUGUAUUUUGGCAUCCUUCUCAUUCAUCGCGAGGGCAGAGAUGAGGAGAAGUGUCAUCGUAAGUAUGGAAAGGAUUGGGACAAGUAUACUUCGUUGGUGCGAAGCAAGAUUAUUCCGGGUAUUUACUAG